AUAUAAGACAAUAACAGAACAAGGUAUACCUUGUCCAUUUCUCCAGAAAAGGGGGCAACCUAAGAAAACUUCCUUAGAAGUUCCAAGAAAGUGCUCAAAAAACAACAAAACUAGAAACACAAAAAGAGAAAACAAAAAAAAAAAGACUUAAGUGAAAUGGGAAGAGCUCCUUGUUGUGAUAAGAAUAAUGUGAAAAGAGGGCCAUGGUCACCUGAAGAAGAUGCUAAGCUUAAAGAAUUCAUUGACAAAUAUGGAACUGGUGGAAAUUGGAUUGCUCUUCCUCAGAAAGCUGGAUUAAAGAGAUGUGGAAAGAGCUGCAGAUUAAGAUGGCUAAAUUAUUUAAGGCCAAAUAUCAAACAUGGUGAUUUUUCUGAUGAGGAAGAUAGAAUUAUAUGCAGCUUGUAUGCCAACAUUGGAAGCAGGUGGUCAAUUAUAGCAGCUCAAUUACCUGGAAGGACUGACAACGAUAUCAAAAACUAUUGGAACACAAAGCUUAAGAAGAAGCUCAUGGGUUUUAUUCAUACAUCAUCUAACCAGAGAAUUAAAUCACCAAAUUUAUUCUUGCCUCCUACAACUUUUCCACCCCAAAUCCAAUCCCAAGCAAUUUCAAAUAUUUUUAAAGAUGAUUAUUUAGAGCCCAUUUCAUCACUCCAACCAAAUUUCAUGUACCACAACAAUAACAUGAACUUUCAGCUAGGUACAAAUAAUCAAUAUUCUUAUUUUCUUGAAAGCUUAAUGAAUCCCAUGCAAGCAAGUUGUUCUUCAUCUGAUGGAAGUUGCAGUCAAAUUCCAAGAAGUAAUUUUGAAGAAACUCAAAAGUUUACACUGGAUAAUUAUGGGAAUAAUGGAGGCACUUGGGCUGAUCAUGAUCAAAAGCCAGAUGGAUAUUUUGGGAACAACCAUCAAAAUCAUAGUAGUCAAUUCCAGUAUGAUACUAGUAAUAUUGAAGAAGUUAAGGAGCUGAUUAGUAGUAGCUCUAGCAAUGGGAAUGGAUGUAAUAAUAACAACAAUAUGUUGUUCUUCAGUGAUGAAAACAAGGCAAAUAUAGGGUACUGGGGUUAGUUAAUUUGUGUAGUUGAUUAAUGGAAAGCUUCUAUUUUGUUUCCACUGAAUUACUAGCUUUAUCUUUUGUGCAUUUCUUUUUUCUGGGGCUAGCGAUGAUGUAAUAUAUCAUGAAUAUAAUUACUUAGUACUUUUAUUUCAA